GGGCGGAGUGUUGUGUGGGCGGAAGAUUUGUCUAAUUAUAUUCCUAUAACAGUUUUAAAGUUACUAUGUGAUUUUUUUUACAUUUUUAAUUAAUAUCAUUUGUGAGUUUUAAUCUUUAUAUAUUAUUGAGUUUGACUCUAAAAUGAACAACAGUAGAGCCCGUGUUCCGAAGUGCGCUCGAUGUCGCAACCACGGUCUCAUAUCUAGUCUCAGGGGACACAAGAAGUCUUGUGCUUAUCGAGAUUGUCAGUGUCCGAAAUGUGGAUUGAUAAAGGAGCGGCAGCGAAUAAUGGCCGCACAGGUAGCCUUAAAAAGACAACAAGCCGCGGAGGACAAGAUAGCCUUACAUUUGGCGUCGGUCGAGAGCGGCACAAAUCUCGCGUCGCUGCCUCCGGGUCGUAUUUACGGCAUGAGAGUUACAGGACCUUCACCCAGCUCGGGACCUGAUCCAGACUCCGUUGUUGAUGAUCAUAGCCCCAUCCACAUUGACAGUGAAACGAGCGAUUCUUUACCUGACUGUUGCACGGCAACUCAAGACAACGACGGAAAUUCGAAUGCAAAUGCGCGAUCUUGUGCUAGUGAAAACGAAGAAAGUUUGAGCAGCGUGAGUACAGCAGGACUGGACAUGCUCAGGAAGUUGUUCCCGGGGAAGAAGAGAUCGGUUCUUGAAUUGGUGUUACGAAGAUGCAACCAUGACUUGCUUCGAGCUGUGGAGCACUGCAAUGCUAUACACGCUCAACGUGACAAAUCAACUGCCAGUUCAAGCGGUGUUCGUUAUGAGAACGUAUCAAGUUCUCAAGAAGUUGAAUCGCGAUGGUCGGCGUUUCGACCUGUGGGGCCACGUCCAUUGCUGCCAACGUUGGUGAUGGGUCGCGUGUGCGGGUCUGAAUGGCUUGUGCCUUUGCCGGCACUCCCAGCUCUAUCCGGCCCUUUGUUACUGCCCCUGCAACACACUCCACCAGCUUGCGCCCCAGAUUGUAGGCAGUGUAAUAGUCAUCAUUAGAACAUAUCUUGUGAAAAGUUAUUUUAUGUAACAAUACAUCCAGACUCUGAUAUAUAUGUUAUUGAUAUUAAGUAUAAAUUAAGUGAAAUGUCUUCUAUGCUUAAUUAUUUUUUAAAUUGGCUAAUGAGCUACGUAUUUCCAUGUACUGCAAUGUUAGUAUAAUUAUUAUUAUGCCAAAGGAUUAAUGCCAAAAAAGUGUU